AUGGGCUUCUCCAAGACUUUGACCUUGGCCGCCGGGCUCGCCAUGACGGCUAGUCUGGCCGUGGGCGAAGAUGUCCUAGUGAGUAAGCGCGCUCUUGAGAAAAGACAACUCAAUAGCGAGGGCCUGUACAAUAUGUCCUUCUUCCAUGUCAACGAUGUUCACUCCCAUCUGGACGAGUUUCGUUCUUCCGGCACUGACUGCGAAGACCCGUCAAGCGGUUGUUACGGAGGCUAUGCUCGAAUCAAGACUAUCGUCGAUGAGCGGAGACCGACCGUUGGUGAUAGUCUCUUCCUAAAUGCUGGCGAUGAAUUUCAGGGCACGCUAUACUAUACCUACUGGGGAGGUUUCGCAAUUGGCGAAGUUCUCGAGCAGCUGGGCUUCGAUGGCAUGACCCUUGGCAACCACGAAUUCGACGGCGGUGACGAUGAGUUGGGUGCCUUCCUGGAGAAUCUCACCUUUCCCAUCAUCAGCGCAAACAUCCAGUCCGAUCACCCCGUCCUCAACGAAACCCUUCAGCCUUACCACAUCUACGAGGAGUACGAUCUUGCCGUCAUUGGUGUUACCACCCCAGACACCCCAGGUAUCUCGAGUCCUGGCGAGGGCACUGUCUUUGGCGACGUCGUUGAGGCCGUACAGCGUGCGAUCGACGAGAUCCGCAGCACUACCAACAUCACUCGAAUUGCAGCCUUGACCCAUAUUGGCUAUGAGGAAGACCAGAGGCUGGCAGAGGAAACCACAGGUCUAUACUUGAUCAUGGGUGGUCACAGUCACACUCCACUCGGAGACUUCGAGGACGCCGAGGGUCCUUAUCCCACAAUUGUCGAAAACAUGGAUGGCGAUGAGGUUUUCAUUGUCACAGCCUACCGAUGGGGCGAGUAUCUGGGCUACAUUGAUGUUCUGUACGAUGAUGAGGGCAAGAUCCUCGAGUAUCAUGGUGGUCCAGUCCAUGUCACCAACACCACCGAGCAGGAUUCCGAUCUCCAAGCCCAAAUCGAGGAGCUCGCCGAGCCCUUCGAAGCCUUUGCUGCCGAAGUCCUUGGUGUCUCUAGCGUCGAACUUGACCAGACGACCUGCCAAGAGCAGGAGUGUCUACUUGGUAAUUUCAUGGCCGAUGCCAUGCUCGUGUACCGUCAGAACCAGUCUGAUGAGGCGGACUUCGCCCUCAUCAACGCUGGCGGUAUUCGUGCUACUAUCGAUGAAGGUGAUAUUACUCGUGGGGAGGUCCUGACCUCAUUCCCUUUCGGCAACUCGAUCGUCGAGAUUACGCUAAGUGGCGAGGAGGUCUGGAACGUGCUCGAGGGCAUAGUCUCAGGCGUCAACCAGGAGAACGAUGAUGAGGUCACAAGCUUUUUUCAGGUCAGCCGCGGCAUCGUUGUUACUUAUAACCCUGAGGGCGAGAGCGGCUCAAGGCUAGUAAGUGUUGAAAUUGGGGGAGAGCUGCUCGACUCAGAGGAAGAGUACACCAUUGUGACUCUCGACUUCCUUGCUGGUGGAGGCGACAAUUUCUUCCAGCCUACAACUGACUUCGUCUCACUUGAUACACAAGACGAAGUGCUUGUGAUGUACAUCGAGUCUCAGAGCCCUGUCAGUAUUGAGCUGGAAGGUCGUAUCGUGGAGAGCGAUGCAGAGCCUGGCUCCCCGUCGGGCGGGAACGGUACCAGCAACUCUGGAAGCGAGGAGGCUGAGCAAGGAGCCGAUGGUCAGGAAGACGGUCAGGAAGACGCUGCACCACGCCUUACCAGCAUGAGUGCUGGCCUGGUUGCUCUCGUGGUUGCCGUGGCUCUGACAGCGUUCUAA